GUCCGCAUGCAGCGCGCCUGGCUCGCGCGCUCCGGAUGAGACGAGAUGAACUGGACUUUGGAGUUUCCGUGGCUCAGAUCGGAGGAGUAAAACUUUUAUCACUUUUUUUUUUUUUUUUAUAUAUAUAUAUAUAUAUAUUAUUACAGGAUACGUUUUUCAAACCGUGCGCGAUGAGGAUGAAGGUGAUGCGCGCGCUCCUGGUCGCGUGUUUGUGCUCGAGCGCAGUGGCGCAGUACUCCAGUGACCAGUGCAGCUGGAGAGGGAGUGGUCUGACCCAUGAGUCCCACGCCCGUGAUGUGGAGCAGGUGUACCUGCGUUGCUCCGAAGGUUCCCUCGAGUGGCUUUACCCCACCGGCGCCAUCAUCAUCAACCUCAGGCCCAACACUUUUCCCGAAGCGGGUGCUGAAACCCGACUGAGCGCUUGCGUGAAGCCUAGAGCAGAUUCUCGUGGAGCCAGCGUGUUCGUGGAGCGAGCUGGAGUAAUGAGGAUGCUGCUGAGCGAGGAAGAGCAGGCAGCCGGCCGGGUCCGCUGCUUCGGCCUUGACGAGGGGGCGCUGUUCGUUCAGGCUGCGGCGCACUCAGACAUCAGCAGGAGAGUCACAGCGUUUCAGUACGAGCUGAUCAGAGGAGAGAGGGCGACGGCACCUGGAGAGACGCUUUCACCUUCAGAUCCAUGUAGACCCUGCACUGAUGAUGAGAUUCUUCUAGCUGUCUGUACCAGCGACUUUGUGGUGAGAGGCAGCAUCGAGUCCAUAAUGGACAGUACUGAUGAUGAGCAGCGGGUGUCACUGUCGGUAUCAGUGAGUCGUCUAUUUCGCCAAAAGCGCCGUGUUUUCAAAGGACGAGGGCGCAACCGAUGGUCAGGACGUGUAUCUGUUCCACGGAGUUGUGCCAUCCAGGUUGGGCAGGGAUCAGAUUCAGGAGUGGGACAGUGGGCAGGGUUUGAGGAGUUUCUAUUCACUGGGGCCAUAAGGUUCAGCGAGGCAUGGCUCGGCUGCGCUCCUCAGUAUCAUGACUUUUUACAGAUGUACCAGUCUGCUGUGGAAUCAGGAAGUAACCCCUGUCAUAUGGACGUGAACUAAGAACAUAGACAGGAUCACAUGUGGAUUCAGUUUUGUGGUCAACCAAUGAAAUAUGGCCUCUAAAUGCAUGGGCUUUGGCUUCUACAAUGACAGAGCUUGGAUUUGGGGGCUGGUAUACAGCACAUUGUGUGUUGUUUGUAGAUGUUGCUCAUAUGAAGGAUUUAAAGUCUUAAAGCCUGAGCGUGAGCCUGUAUGUUUUAAGUUUUUUUUCUCUGGGUAUUUUUUUAAAGCACAGCUUGAUUUGCAAAUCGUAUGCCAAGUGAGCUGUAGCAUAACAAAAACUAGUUUUCAGUUUCUUACCAAGGCACCAAAUGGCUUACUCUUUUCACUAAGAUUUUAAAUCGAUCACCUCAACCACAGUCUUAUGAUCUAAAGUUCCCCCACGUCAGUGAGGCAGACAAACAGCGAAUGAUGAACUUUAACAAAAUUAUGAACUUUAUCCUGGUAACAAGAUUUUUAAAAGUUAUGUUUUUGUGGUCCCAGUUUGAUAGCUACAGCUUUAGUAGAGUCUGGUUCACCAAAUAUAACAACUUCUUAUUUUGAACAAGUUAUUAUUAAUGCUUUGUUGACUCUUAAUUAGCAGCUUUCAGCAUGCCAAGUUAUUUAAAGUAUAAAAUGAGAGGACUGUUCUAACGACCUUCUCAAUUCUUCAGUGGUUUCAGGAUCACUAGCUAUUUGUCUUGGGCACAGUCCACUCUCAGACUGACCAACAAUCUCACUACUACUGAAUGAAAA